AUGCGGCGCGCUUUGGCGCUCGCCCUCGACGCUGGGUCGCAGGGCGAAGUGCCGAUCGCGGCCGUGCUCGUGGACGCGACGACGGGGGAGGUGGUGGCGGAGGCGGCGAAUCGCUGCGAGCGGGACGGCGACCCGACGGCGCACGCGGAGAUGCUAUUGAUACGACUGGGCGCGGAAAAACUCGGAGGAUGGCGACAUUUGAAGCGCACGAGAAUGUAUGUGACGCUAGAGCCGUGCGCGAUGUGUGCGGGGGCGAUAUUGCAGAGUAGAGUGGGAGGGGUGACGUACGGGGCGCGAAACGCGCUGCUCGGCGCGGAUGGAAGCUGGGCGGCGCUGCUGCGAAACGAGGAUGUGGGAGGAAGCGAGCGGGCGCCUGUGCGCGCGCAUCCGUUCACGCCGGACUUGGACGUAAAGGGAGGCGUGCUCGCAGAGGAGACGGGGGAGGCGAUGCGAGAAUUUUUUAGGCGACGGCGAACGCUCGGCGCGUACGACGGCGAAACCGCGUCGAGCUGA